CAGCUGGAGGACGGGGCGGCGGAAAAGAGCCGGGGGCACCGCUAUUUAAGGCGCGUCCCCGGCGGGCGGAGGACAGAGCCGACACCGAGCAUGGAGCAGAGUCUCGCCCUCCUGUUUCCCUUCUUCCUGGGGCUCCUCCAACGAGGCCAGGGUGGGCCCUUGGAGGUGGAGCCCCCAGACUCCGUGGUGGCAGUGUCCUUGGGCGGAUCUCAGCAGCUCACCUGCCGGCUGGCCUGCGCUGACCACAGGACCCCCUCGGUGCAGUGGCGGGGCCUGGACACCAGCCUGGGCGCCGUGCGGUCGGACGCGGGCAGCAGUGUCCUCUCCGUGCGCAAUGCGUCCCUGUCCGCGGCCGGCACCCGCGUGUGCGUGGGCUCCUGCGGGACCCUCACCUUCCAGCGGACCGUGCAGCUCCUGGUGUUCGCAUUCCCAGACCAGCUGACUGUCUCCCCAGUAGCCCUGGUGGCCAAGCAGGACCGAGAAGUGGCCUGCACCGCCCAUAACAUCACACCUGCCAGCCCUGAGGCCCUCUCCUUGUCCCUGCUCCUGGGGGACCAGGAACUGGAGGGGGUGCAGGCCCUGGGCCGGGAUGUGGAGGAGGAGCCCCAGCAGGGCGAGGACCAGCUGCUUCGGGUAACAGAGCGCUGGCUGCUGCCCCCGCUGGAGAUCCCCACCCCACUCACCCUCCGCUGCCGGGCAACCAUGAAACUACCUGGCCUGAAGCUGAGCUACCAGCGGGCCAUUCCAGUCCUGCACAGGCUGACCUCCCCGGAGCCCCCUGUCACGACCUCUGCCGAGGCCACCCCAGAGCUGAGCUCCACCCACAGCUCCGAGAGUCCAGGACCCCCACCAGGGAACAGCUCCACCAGGCCCUGCCACCCUGAGAUCCGCCAGUCACCAGCAGCAGGGGGUCUGGAGCUAUUUUGUGAGGCUGUCUGUGACCCCGGUGUGGCAGUGGGCUGGACCCAGGCCCCCGGGGGUCUGGAAGCCUACCAAAGGUGGGAGGCUGGGGCCCAGGCUUGGCUGAGCGUGCCCUGGGCCGGCUGCAGCCCUGAAGGCUGGUUUCGGUGUCGCCUGGACCCAGGGGGACAGAUGGCCAGCCUGUACCUGGUCCCGGAAAUCUGCUCCCAGACAACACCCCCAGCCCUGUGGACGGGCAGCUUGGUGCUGGGGCUGCUCUUCUUGGUGUUCCUCACCUAUCGCCUGUGGAAACGCUGCAGGCCCACCCAGUGACAACCAAGCCCACCGGCUCCUCUGGGCCCCCUGCCCCACCUGGACGGAUUGAGGGGGACUGGCCUGCCUUUCCUUCCACACAGUUGCAACCAGAGGACAACUGCAGGGUUCUGGACCUACAUGGUUGAGAGCUGACCAUUAGCCCCUUACCCUGAUGGCCAGCAUCUGAGUUUCCCCUCAGUGGAGCCCCUGAGGAACCCCCCCCCCAGCAAUGGUCCAGAGCUGGAGAAUAAAGAGCAUCUGGUCUGACCUCAGUGGUUUCUGUGGGGUUACAAGGAUGCUGGAAUCUUCCACACAGCUCCAGCUACCCUCUGCACUGGGAGACUCCCUCAAGAGAUGAGGAUGGACAGGACCCCCAACCCCUACUUGGCCAGGUCUGGGGAAAGGGAGCAACAGGGAGCGUGGGUUCUGCCUGCGGUGGGGAGAACACAGCUUGUACCUUUCCCCGGAUGGGGGGACACCUAAGGAAUAACUAGAA